AUGAUACCUCCAACCCCGGCACAAACCACCUUUCCCCGGUUCUCAGUCCUUCCUACGGAACUGAGGCAGAAGAUCUUCCUCCAUGCAACAACAAUCCGCCGGACCCUUCCCCUAACCUACGACCCCACCACAAAAACUUUCCACUCGCCAACCCCACCUCCGGUUGUUCUCUCAACAACCCACUCCUCCCGCCUCUCCGCCCUGAAUCAAUACACCCUCUCCUUCGGCACCUACGCCUCUUCACCCAAAAUCUACUUCAACCCCCACUUCGACACCCUCUACCUCCCCCGGCAUCUUGAAAUGGGCUACGACUCAACCUUACGAGAUUUUCGUUCCUUGGUCAAGGACCCCUCUUCCUUACUCGACGAAGUACGCACCGUGGCAGUCGAUCAUGUCCGCGGGGAUAUUAAGCGGCCGUGGGAAGCUUAUAACAAAGCUUCAUUCCUCCGCUCCUUCCCUAAACUAGAUGAAAUUAUUAUCGUUUUGGGUGAUGAGAAAGGGGACGGGGAAGAGAUUGGAGUUAAUGAGGAAGUCGAGUUUGUGGAGCCGAAAGGGGAUCCGGAGAGGCUGUUGAAGAUGUGGUAUCAUUUCCGCCAGAGUUUUUUGCAGGAGGAGAGGUUGUUGGAGGAGGUUUGUAGGGAGAGUGGGAGGGAGUAUGAGAAAUUUAAUCUUCCGGUUGUGAAUAUUAAGAGGAAGAUUAGGAAGACGAUUGGUGAUGAGAGGGAGAAGGGAGUUGUGGGGCUUAAGGAGGCUUUAGAGGGGAUGAGAUUGUAA